CGCCUCGCCUCGUGCGUGCAUCCCUCCUCGUAUAUUCCCGUCCCAAUCUCCAACCCCCUUCCCCCUCAAUUCCCGUCCCGACCCGCCCCGACACAAAUCCGCGCGCCCCUAAUCCCGAUCCCGCCGCCAAAAUCCGGCCUUGCGCCGUCCUCCUCCUCCGAUUCGAGGGUCACCCGGGCCGAUUUGGGCGCGGAGAUCGAGUCUUCUCCUGGCGUUCUCGGAGCCGAGCUGAGAUUGUUGGUUGCCAUUGGGUGGGGAGCACGAUCUUCCUUUGGAGGUUUCGGAUUUCGGUUGGAGGUUGUUGGGUAAGUGUGGUUGCCGGAAGGCCCCUCUUUUUCUUCAACCGGAGGAGGCACCGGGUUCUUUGACCGCCGGUGAUGGUGGCGAGGAUGAUGCGGUGGCCGCGGCCGCCGCCGGCGCGGAAUUUCCGCGUCCGGCUGGUGGUGCGCCGGGCGGAGGGGCUUCUGCCGCCGCCCGCGCCCCUCUCGCCCGAGGGGUCCCCCGAGGCGGAGGCGAAGGUGUUCGUGGAGGUGAGCUGGAAGGGCCCGAAGAUGUCGCCGCUGAGCUCGCUGCGGCGCGCCCAGCGGCCGCCCAGGAACCAGACGCGGAAGGAGGCGCUGCCGGCAGCCGGAGCCGCGCCCGCCCCGGCCGACGUCGAGGAUGGCGCCACCGCCCCUGCGCCGACGAUGGUGGCGGUGGCGUGGGAGGAGGAGUUCGAGAGGGACGCGGCGCUCACGGCGACGUCGCACCGUGAGGCCACCGCGUUCCACCCCUGGGACGUCUCCUUCUCCGUCGUCAGCGAAUCAAAUAAAAUGUCAAAGAGCAAACUUGUUCUGGGAACUGCUUCACUGAACCUUGCAGAUUACGCAUCUGCUGCUGAAGAGGAAAUCGAGAUAAUUCUACCAUUGUCGGCGCCCAAUGGUGCAACUGACCUGGCCCCAUCGCUCCAUCUAACUUUGAGCCUGGCGGAACUAAGAAUUUCUCCACAAUCACCUGACGCUUCACAGCGUUCUAUUGUUGUUGCCCCACUGUCACCUUCCUCUGGUGAUUCUGUUCCUUCUGGAAAAGAUGAGGCUUCUGUCAUUAAAGUGGGGCUGAGAAAUCUUAAACUCCUAAGAGAUCUAGUGUCGACACGGAGGUUCAGAAAGACUAACCAAGACUGUGAUAGCAGUGAGGAGAAGUACUAUGUUCAUAGUGAUGGUGCAGAAUUUUCUUGUGAUACUGACUCCCUCGAUGAUGAUCUGGAUGAUAAAGAGCUGGAUGAUGACUUGGGGGGUUCAACCGUCAGGAAGUCAUUCAGCUAUGGCUCACUGCACACUAUGAAUGUUGGUGCCCUACUUUAUGCACCUAGGAUUGAUGGAGAUGAUGGAUGGAUACAUUACAGUCACCGAAAUUCUGAUGUCAGUUAUCAUGUUGAGCAAGUGCCAUCCUCCACUGCCGAGGAGCAUGCUUCCAUCCCUGUACGGCGAAAGAGGAGCAUACUUCCCGUUCGAUGGAGGAAGACAAAAUUGCCAAAGGCUAAAGGGGAGCCUUUGUUGAAGCCAUAUGGAGAGGAGGGCGGUGAUGAUAUUGACUAUGAUCGUCGGCUGUUGACCCCUUCUGAUGGAUCUGUUUCAGAAGGAUCAAAUGGCUCCACUAAUAGUAUGGUGUCAGUAUUUGGUGAUGACGAUUUUGUUGUGGGGAACUGGGAGUUGAAGGAAGUAUUUAGCCGUGAUGGCCACUUGAAGCUUUCUACCCAUGUCUUCUUUGCAUCAAUAGACCAGAGAAGCGAACGAGCUGCGGGGGAGAGUGCCUGCACAGCACUUGUGGCUGUUAUUGCGGACUGGUUCCAAGCAAACCAGGACCUAAUGCCCAUCAGGUCACAAUUCGACAACCUUAUCCGAGAAGGAUCUCUAGAAUGGAGGAAGCUUUGCGAGAAUGAGACCUACAGGGAGCGCUUUCCGGACAAACACUUUGAUCUUGAAACAGUCCUGCAUGCAAAGAUCCGCCCACUAACAGUUGCUCCUAGCAAGUCAUUCAUUGGGUUCUUCCAUCCUGAAGGUACUGAGGACGUAAGUGGAUUCGACUUCCUUGAUGGUGCUAUGUCAUUCGAUAACAUCUGGGAUGAGAUAAGCCGAGCGGCGGAGUGCUCCACUGGAAAAUCUACCCUGUACAUUGUUAGUUGGAAUGACCACUUUUUCGUCCUAAAGGUUGACGCCGAUGCUUAUUACAUCAUUGAUACACUUGGUGAGAGGCUGUCUGAAGGUUGUAACCAGGCAUACAUCUUGAAGUUUGAUGACAACACCACGAUUCAUAAAGUACCUGCUGAAAAGGAGGCGAAUCCUGAUUCCAGUGGAGGCCUCAAGGAUUCCUCUGAGAGCUCCUCCUCAACUGAGCAAGACAGCGGAACUGACAGUGAAGAGUGUGAGCUUGUGUUGAAGGGUAAGGAUGCGUGCAAGGAGUACAUCAAAAGUUUCUUGGCUGCCAUCCCGAUCCGUGAGCUGCAGGCUGACAUCAAGAAGGGUCUCAUGGCAUCAACUCCGCUGCACCACCGCCUCCAGAUCGAGUUCCAUUAUACGGAAUCAUGCCCUGCUGAAACAACCAUGCCUUCUCCAUUCCCCACUUUUGAAUUUUGUUGGCCUGACCCACCAUCACCAACACCUGCCAUGGAGGUCGUGAUAACCCAUCCACCGCCCAUGGAGGUCGCAGUAACCCAUGCUGUCGCUGUUGUAUAGCUGGCCAUGGCUGCUGCUGAGACCUAGGGAUUUGGCUGCUUAGUUUAACAUAUAGAGCCUUGCUUUUAAGAGCGAAUUGUGAAGUGGACCAGAUCGAAGAUUUGGCUUCGUUUCUAGUUUGCUCCGUUUGCUUUCUAAUCAAGAUGAACUGACUAGUAUAGCUUAGUUGUCAUUUGGCAUGCGCGCGUGUGUGUUUGUUCACUUCUUCCAGGCUUUUGGGAGCAUUCAUUUUGUAAAGAAAGAAAGGGUGUUUGCUCCUGCACAUCUUUACCUGUGAAGUGAGUUUGCUGGACUUGUAAUCCUACAAACAUUAUCAUUAUGUUAAUUAUCUCCUGUUCUGCUCCAAA